AUGCUCACCCAGAAAAAAAUAGAAUUAAAAUUUUCUAAAAUCUCACCAAGUAUUGCAGAUUGCAAUUAAACACUAUUAACGCUUGGCUUCAAAAUUUUGUUAUCCUCUAAAAUUUAUUUUAAUUUGAGCAAUUACUAUUUUAAGCUUACAUCUACACUAACUCCCAUCAUGAUAAAGGCCGUUUCUACAAAACGUUAAGGAAGGAGGGUAACUAGCAGCCCUGCUUGUAACAUCUGUAAGGCUAAGAUAUACUUCAAGAUUUGGAAUAAGAUCUGGAUGUGA